AUGGAUGGAGCCAGCGGCGUCACUGGCGGCGGCGAAGGCUCUGCCCAAUUACCGGCGCCGACACCGAUGCAAAACUCUAACUCGCCGCCUCCGUUUUUGAGCAAGACGUAUGACAUGGUGGAUGACCCUUCCACUGACGCGAUUGUUUCAUGGAGUGCAACGAACAACAGUUUUGUUGUUUGGGACCCACCGGAAUUCGCUCGGGACCUUUUGCCCAAGUACUUCAAACACAACAACUUCUCAAGCUUUGUUAGACAGUUGAAUACAUAUGGUUUCAGGAAGGUCGACCCAGAUCGCUGGGAAUUUGCAAAUGAGGGUUUUUUGAGGGGUCAAAAACACUUGCUUAAGAGUAUAACUCGACGAAAACCUGCCCAUGGCAAUAAUCAUCAACCGGCUCAACAACCACCUGGACAGAGUUCAUCAGUAGGGGCAUGCGUAGAAGUCGGGAAAUUUGGGCUUGAGGAAGAGGUCGAGCGGCUGAAAAGAGACAAGAAUGUUCUGAUGCAAGAGCUUGUGAGGUUGAGACAGCAGCAACAAACUACUGAUAACCAGCUGCAAACAAUGGUUCAGCGCCUUCAAGGAAUGGAGCAACGACAACAGCAAAUGAUGUCAUUCCUUGCCAAAGCUGUCCAGAGUCCUGGCUUCUUUGCUCAGUUUGUGCAACAGCAAAAUGACAGCAAUAGGCGCAUAACUGAAGUCAACAAAAAGCGUAGGCUCAAACAGGAAGGUAUUGCUGAAACAACAGAGCGAGCUGCCCCUUCUGAUGGACAAAUUAUUAAAUAUCAACCUCAGAUGAAUGAAACAGCAAAAGCAAUGCUUAGGAAGAUCAUGAAAUGGGAUACUCCUCGAGUAGAAUCUUUCAAUAAAAAUCCAGAUAAUUACUUGAUUGGUGACGGCACAUCCCCAUCCAAUGCAAUGGAUAGUAGCAGCUCUUCAAACUGGAAUUCCGGAGUAACUCUUCAAGAAGUUCCUCCAUCUUCAGUGCAGUCUUCUCACAUUCCAGCUGCAACAGGAGCUCAAGGACACAUGCCUUCGGCAGAUGUAACUCAAGCUGCAGCAUCUGAAAAUGUUAUGUUGGAUGGAGCACAUGCAGCACCGACUAUCCCGAAUUCUCAAGCAGAUGUUAUCAUGCCUGAUAUACCUUCAAUACCAGAGACUGUGCCAAGAAAUAUUCUCGAUAUUCCCGAGGACAAUUAUAUGGCUCCUGAGACAGAUGAUGGAUUUAUGGAUCCAACUUCGCUCGGGUCAUUUCCCAUUGAUUUUGAAGCUCUUUCACCCGGGGCAGACAUUGAUGAUUUGUUAAACAAUCCUUCUAUUUGGGAGGAUCUUUUGCAAACUCCCCUUCCAGAGGAUCUUGAGACCAGCGUUGACGAAAUAUCCAGAGGAAAUGAGCCGCAGCCAACAGAAAAUGGAUGGGAAAAUACUCAACACCUGGAUCAACUAACAGAGCAGAUGGGUCUUCUUUCUUCUGAGGUCAAAAGAAUAUAA